AUGCACGGUAACACCGCCGCAAGGACCCGUUGCGCUCGUGUAUGGGCCGAAACUCAUACUCGAUGCGUCUUCGGGAUCCCCAAGAGAUUCCUCCGCACGCACACGUCGCUCAGAGUCCGCUGGAGACUAUGCGUACACGGGGACGUCGGCCCGUCGGCAGACCCAAAAGACCGACGUGAGAGACGACUCUACGACAAGCCAGACCUCUAUUACGACGAGGAAGAAUACUACGACGACGACUUCUAUUACGACGACGACUACGACCUGUAUGACGACUAUGACGAUGAGAUUUUCUUUGACGAAUACGACCCGCCGCUUGACAAUGGCGAGGGGAACCAAGUGCGCGCGAACGACCUAAACGAGCUCAACGAUGACGACCUCAUUCACAACAACGUCAUUCACAAAGACGAUAACAUUCACUCUAAAGACACUUUGGGUAAAGCAGAGCAAAAGACAAAGUUCAAAGUGAAGGGUAACCCGGGCGUCGACUUCCCCGCCUUCAAGUUCCUCCCAGAGACCAGAUUCCGAUGCGAAGGACGCGCCCUCGGUACUACGCCGAUCUCGAGACGCGCUGCCAGACGAGGACAUCGCAGCAAAACUUUAGUGCACUCAGCCUCUCCCGGGGACAGCGACGGCGUUGGCAGAGGCGGUCGUUCAGGGAAACAUUUCUUGGGAGAAAGUGUUACGAUUUCCCAUGAUACCGAGUCUUCUAGUUUGUCACAAUAUCUUCCGCCAUUCCAGGUGUUCCACGUGUGCGAGCCGGGGAACGCGCAGCACGACUUCCUGUGCCCCGAGGGGACGAUCUUCAACCAGAAGUACAUCGUGUGCGACUGGUGGUACAAUGUCGACUGCCCCAAGUCGCCCGACUUCUUCGAACUCAACUUGGAAUUCUUUAAGGAGGGCGAGGUCACAAGCCCGCCCCUGACCGCCGUGCCAGGCCCCAAGGGCGCCGUGGCCCGCCUCGCGGCCAGACCCCAGCAAGGGAGUCGAAGGCCGCAGCGGCGCCGCCCGCAGGGACAGCGGCGGCAGCAGGUAGCUGUCACCGAAGUCCCUCUGCAGGCGGCGGGGACGAUGAGAACGCCCCAGGCCAGCGUGUAUGUCCCGCCGCUGCCUCCUACCCUUCAGCAGGUUUCCAUCGCGGCCGAGCGCCAGGUCAGUCCCGCCGUCACUAGCGUCGCCGGGCUGUCCUACGAAGCUCCGCCGAGGAACGCAGCCCUCAGCCAGGCCCUUCGGAUCGCGGAAGACUCCGUGGCGCCCGAAGGAGGGGCCAGAGCCGAAGCAGGCCGCCCGGCGAAGGUCUGGCGCUGGAGCAUUCCCAGAAAAGUUAAUCGACUCCCCUUUGCCGCCGCCGCCGCAUCCCUCCGCGCUCUACGAACCACCUCCGGUCGUCCACACCGAGCUCAUCCACAACCACGUGGACCAGGUCCCGCAGGAGCAGAACCAGAACGUCCAAAUCCACCUGCACAUCCACCCAGGAUCGUUGGGCGCGGAGGUCGACGCCGCCCGCGCGCCUGCGCCCGACCUGCAGCCUGCGCCCCCCAGGCCUCGCCUGACCUUCCUAGCGACCCCGAACCUCUCCCCCCGAGUCCCGCCCCCCGAACGGUCACGGGGCGCCGCCUCGCCGCCUCCCGACGCCCGCGCCGGACGCCCCCACCUCCCUCCCCCCGCCGCCUCCCCCACACGCCCAUCCCUUGGCAGCAGCCCACGCACAACCCUUGCCCCACCCCUUGCCCACACCACACCCGCUCCCCCAUCCCUCCUAUGCCUCUCCUCCCCCUCCGCCUCCCCCGCGGUCCCUCCGCCCCAGCCCUCCGUCGCGCCCGCCGCCCGCCCGCCCUCGGGCUGCUCGUGAAACCCAAGUCCCUGAGCGGCCACGAAGCCUUGCCUGCCCUCGCCCCGAGACCCUCCUCCACGCGCCCACCGCGCCCGCCCCCGCCCAUCAGGACGAGCGCCCUUCGCCAACAUCUUCCCCACGCUCUCUCGUACCCAGGCUCGCUCCCCGACACCCGCGCCGACACCCCACGCCCGCCACGGAGACGGCGGCCCCGUCCGCACCGGCCGCGGACCCCUCCUCCCCGCCCCCGACCCCCUACCCCGCGGCCACACCCGUCCCCUGUACCCGGUGGCCGCCCACCACUCGGUCACGCCCACUUACCGAGCCACCACGCUGGAGUACCACCCGACGACGCCCAAGACCCGACUUCCGGCGGCGAAGUACACGUCGUCGGCGCCCUUCGCGAUCGACCCGCACCGCCUCCAGUCGUACCCGAAGCCGCUGCCCUACCACUCGCUCACGUCACCCGCCUCGCCCGCCCCGCACCCGCCCCUCCUCCACCCGCACCCCACGACGCCUCAUCCGCCGCACCGCCCCCAUCCCGCCCACCCUGCUUCCCCUCCCCCUCCUCCGUCGCCCGCGCCCGAGGUCUACGUGUUAACAACUCCAAAGCCAAACUAUAA